AUGGAGAGGACGAUGUCGACAAGAGCCUUCGAGGCGCUCUUGACGGUCGACAAUCUGCACCCGGACCUGGGCUCGGCUGGCGUGAGGGGCAUGGUGUCCUGCUACCUCUCCGCAUUCUUGGCCACCGACCUGGACGACCGCGGAGACAUCGUCUCCUUCGAGAAGGUGAUGGGAGACAUGAUCGUGAUGGUCGAAGCCCAAGAAGAGACCGACAAUAACGAUGAGGAGGAAGUAGAUGGGUCUGAGUCUAAGGCGCACAAGGCGUAG